AUGAGAAAAGUGCUGACAUGGGGAGGUAUUUUCGCCUCUUCGGCUUUGGCGGCCUACCUUCUCUCUAUUGCAUAUGCUAUAUUCUCAACCUCUUUCAGUCACCAUCAGAGAGAGAAGUCCUACUUCGAGGCUAGUGGAAAGGUCCUCCACAUGUUUGAUGAAAGAAGAAAGUUCGACAUUUACGUAGGCCAGCCCAAACUUUCAUCGAACACUUACGUUAAUGAUUUAACUAUUGAUUAUUCUAGAGAUGAGCCGUCAAAAAAGCCUCGUGAGAAUGCCACGCUUCUAAUGCUGGUGCGAAACAGAGAGCUCGAAGGGGCACUUCAAUCGAUGAGGUCCCUGGAGGAUAGAUUCAACCGGAAGUAUCACUACGAUUGGACUUUUUUGAAUGACGUUCCCUUUGAUCAAGCGUUUAUCGAAGCCACCACCGCCAUGGCAAGCGGCAAAACGUCAUACGGGCUGAUCCCAAGCUCUGACUGGGACAGGCCUUCUAAUAUCAACGAAACUGAGUUUGAAAGCUGCCUCCAGCUUAUGGAGGAAAAGAAGGUGCUGUACGGAGGCUCCCGAUCUUACAGAAACAUGUGCCGCUUUAAUUCAGGGUUCUUCUUUCGGCAAGAAAUCCUUGAUAAAUAUGACUACUACUUCAGAGUCGAGCCAGAUGUUGAGUACUUCUGCGACUUCCCAUAUGAUCCUUUUAAAGUCAUGAGAACGCAGGGAAAGAAAUAUGGCUUUGUCAUGUCUCUCCACGAAUAUGAGGACACGAUUCCCACCUUAUGGGAUGCUGUUGAGGAGUUUAUCACUGACUACCCCGAACUGAUUGACAUGGAAACAAACGCUUUCAGCUUCAUUACCGAUGAUGGUGUUAUCGGCCGCGUCAUGCCCAUCAUCCAGUCCAACUCAAUGUACAAUUUAUGCCACUUUUGGUCCAACUUCGAGAUCGGUGACCUGUCUUUUUUCAGAAGCGAUGCGUACCUUAAAUACUUUGAGGUUCUAGACUCUAAGGGUGGAUUCUACUAUGAACGUUGGGGGGACGCUCCGGUUCACACCAUCGCAGCUGCGCUGCUCCUACGCAAGGAAGAAAUCAUUCAUUUCGACGAGCUGGGGUAUCACCAUCUCCCCUUUAUGACUUGUCCGACAUCGCGCAACCUAAGGCUUCAGCAGCGGUGCAUAUGCGAUCCAGACAUUGAAGAAAACAUUGAUAUAACGUCUUACAGUUGUUUGACCCGGUGGUGGAAGAGCGGGGACGGAAAGCAUUUUAUGAAACACAUAUAG